AUGCAAGGGUUAGCUCAACGAGUGAACCAUUGGGAGCGGCGCCCGGGCCACCAGAAACGUCGGAGCUGGCACGGACAACAAGCGAAAUCGUCUGUUGCAACUGAUGACACCACGGUCGAGGAACAGAGCGCCAACGCCAUCUACGAGCGACAACUCUUGCAGAAGAAGCAUGGGUUCCCUCUCUGGAUUCCUCAGCCCAAUACGGAACUACCAGAAUCAUACCAGCAAACUGGUGCUAGCAUCGGCGACGUCGGUUUGAUUACAUCUUACGGGGCCUUCGAUUAUCUUUUCAAUAUCUGUCUUGAUGCCAAUCACCCAAGUAACCCAGAAGUAUUACCUGAGAACUUCUCCCCUCUGUCACUUUCCUCUGCAGAUGUUCGGAAAUAUCCUGAGCAUUCAAGAGGGAGUUAUCUCGCCAGCAUUUCAGUAAAAAAACAGAGGGGGCUAACUUUCCGUGGUUCAAAAUCAGAAGGGGCGGUAUUGGCGAUGCCUGAGGGAGCUCAUCAUGAAGAUUUGCGCAAUCUCAAAGCAUUCAGGGACUAUGCUUCACUUCACGCAGCCAGCUGGUAUCAAUUCGUAAACGGGCCCCGUGGUUGCGAGCUUGAAAAUGGAGAGUUGCACCUCGUGACAGGCUGCGAUAAAACCACAUCGUGGGGCAUUGCGUCAUAUAACAACACCAUGCAGUCUGAUCGUACUCAAGAUGGACCUGUCUUGACAUUCCUUACGGUCCCUGGCGAUCACAGAUAUCCGUUGCGCACCACUUACUCCUGGGAACAUGAUGGCAUGGCUGAGUCAAAGACAUGGCCAGAACCUGACCUCAACGGUGUUGAGGAUGAUUCAGGAUCAUCCUGGACAACAUGGCCUCGCAACCAAACCACUUUUAUCCGCUCGUUCACGAUCACAGUUUCGGACACCAUAUGGAAAAACCUGCCCUUUAACCUCGCUUCGGAGGUGGAAACAGAUACUGUCGAACUUAAAUCGCCACCGAGUUCUUCAAGCUCUUCGCAAAGUAUACUAUCUAGCGGCCGCAACAAUGGACCUGUAGUGUUGAAGGAUUGGCAGAGCCGUUCACCUACUAUUCACCCUUCUACACUUAUUCUCAAGAUAUUGAUGCAAAAGCAUCCUGAAGCCAAGGUUGCUAUUAUCCAUGAUGAUGACUGGUGUUCUGUCCUUGAGGAGGAUGCAACUCAACUUCCGGAUGGUCCAGAGUUCUUCAAUCGAAUUCAAAGUAAAUUCGAUGUAGUCAUAGAUCAAAAUGGCACGCUUUAUUUAGAAGAAAAAGAAGUCUCCAUGAGAAACAAGGAAGUCGGCGAACUGUCAAAAGUGGAUGUUCCCAAGACCAUUGGAGCUGAGGUAGAAGAGAAGUUUACGCUACCCUUACCUUCGUCAAGCACGCCUUUGCCGUCAAGUUCGCAAACUGGUUUGAAUGAAGCUGCUUUCGUACCUCCCCUUACCUCGAUUCUGCCAAAUUUGUCUGUUCCGCCUUACACAGGCUCAGCUCAGGGCGACAACGUUGUAGGGAGCCAGCCUCUCCCGACGGUCCCAGCGGUACAUCUUUCUGGUGACCAGAACAACAAUAUUCCUCCACCUAUGGAAAUGUCCGCUUUUGAGCGAUUAUUCAAGCCUUUUUGCAUCAAGCUGAACAUCGAUUUACAGCAGCUAAAAAUUGAUAACAAGCCGAUCGACCUCUAUCAGCUUCACAGAAAUGUCAUGCUGGAAUCAGGGUUUGCGAUGGUGGAACAAAAGAAGCUUUGGGAUGUUAUUGGGGGACGUAUGGGUUUUGUGCAAGUCUCCGGCACCGGAACAGAGCCCGCAAAGUCAGGACCUGACAUCGCGCACCGCCUUGCUAACAUUUACAAAGAGUACCUAUUCAUCUUCGAACGAUACUACAUUGCCUGGGCAGUCAAUACGAGGCUUCGAGCGCAACCGGGACCUGCUGCUCAGGCGAUGCAUGUGCCACCUCCGCCUCCGUCGAUGCAGGGGCUGUCUUCUGGACAGGGGUCACUUUCUACGGCUAUGCAAAGGGUUGCUGCUCUCACUCACAUCCCGAUCCAUGAACUCCGCCGACGCAAUGUACCAGAGAGGGUUAUCGCGUUUUUAGAAGCUAAUAGAGCCGGUUUGCUGCGUGCUUAUGCCGCACAGAGGGUCUCCCAAAAUCCACCACAGCCUCCGGCUGCGAAUCAGAAUGUUGCUGGAAGCCAUCCCCCACCAUUAGAUCACCCCCGCUUCCAGCAAUCAUAUAGGAUUUACUGCGCCAACAAGAAUCGGAAGAACGAUACUCCACCACAAAUUGACGACAAACCGGUCGACCUCUAUCAGCUCCAUAGAAACGUGAUGUUAGAAUCCGGACCCAUUCAGAUACAACGGAAGGGACUUUGGAGCAUUAUUGGGGGGCGCAUGGGAUUCGCACAAUCUCCCAGCACCGAAUUGGGCCCAGCAAAGUGCAGUCCUGAUGCUGCGCAGAAGCUUGCGCUCGUUUAUAAAGAGCUUCUAUACGACUUCGAUGGACUUUAUAUCCAAUCGCUUCUCAAGGUGAGGCUACAAGCCCAAGGGAAAACCCCUCUUGCAACGAAGGCUGCCGCUCCUGCCGCAAGGGGUGCACCUCCGCCGGUGUCCCAGCGUGUAAAUGCACCUCCGCCGAUGUCCCAGCGUGUACAUGCACCUUCGCCGGCGUCCCAGCGUGUAAAUGCACCAUCUCCCUCGAUGUUCCGGAGUGUCAUCGUUCAUGCUCAUGUACCUGCGUCUGAUCUCCAUGAACGUGGAGUUUCGGAGAAAGUCAUCGAGGUCAUUGAGGCCAACCGUGGUGAUUUGCAAAAGGCUCACGCCGAGCAGGCCUUGCAAAAUCAAUUGCGUUUGAUGCAACAGAGUACUGGAAACCGGAGUGGGCCCUCCAACACAGUGCCUAACAUGAAAUUUCCAUUUGGUGGGUCGGCUGCUCAGCAAAAUACAGCUGCCGGGUCUGCGGCUGUAUCUGGAAUAUUACAGCAACGCAAUCUGCCAAACCCGCUUCAAGGCAAUAAUUUCCUUGGCAGUCGACAACCUCUUCCCCAACCACGAACGCAAUGGGAUCUGCCUACCCAACAAACGAAGGAGCAUUUGGACAAGUCCAAUCAACCCAUGCAGGGUAUCAACCAAACCGUGGCCCCGACUAACUCGUCCGUGCGUCCUGCCAAGCGGAAGACUCCGACGCUUCUUGCUGAGGCCAAGCAACCGAUCGCCAAAAGACUAUCUUUCGAGGCAAGGGUCAAGCAUGGGCAAGAAUCUCAAGAUACUGCGUCUGAGCAGGUCACUGAGGCCAUGGAUGUAGAUGAAAAUCCCAAAGUACAGGACACGUCAGAAGUCUCUAACAUCGUGAAUAUGAUCAUGGAAGCCUAUGAUCUGCAAGAAUCGCCACCUCUUCCGGAACCAUCCGACCUUGACUUUGAGGAGUUUUUAGAUUUUUCGGGAAUGGUCAAUGGUGGAAGUGGCUCCUCAAGGGCUGGGGCGUCAGAAUUGCACAAUGUUUCGCCUCCUUGGUCGUCUUGA